AUGUCUGCCGCUGGGAGCUUUAAGGUCGUCAGGCCUAUACUUUCUAGGAAUGCUGUAGAGGCAAAGCGCAGAGUUCUGAACCUCUACCGUGCUUGGUACCGUCAACUUCCCUUCAUUGUGAAGGAGUACGGAUAUACUUGUGUUACGGCUACUGUCCCUGAGUUAAAGCAAAAACUAAGGGAGGAGUUUAUGAAAAACAAGGACGUCAGGGAUAUUCGCGUCAUUGAUCUCCUUGUCCAUCGGGGUCAGAAUGAUCUUCUGGAAGUUGCUCGUACAUGGCGUUCUGAUUGCCAGGUUAUGGAUUUUUUCCGGGAAACUGAGGUGGAAAAACCGAAGGAUUUCCUUACCAAAUUCCUUAGUGGAAAAUAG